ACAUGAAUAUAAUUAAUCAUCUUAGAGCACUCAUUGGCCAAUCAGGAAUUAGGAGGCAAAUCCAAAAUGGCCGAGGGUUGCGAACAAGUCGUUUGUGGCGCUGAUAAAUCUGGUUCAUCAGGAGAUGAAUUUGAAGUGGAGGAGAUUGUUGAUUAUCAAAAAGAUUCCAAUAAUACCGAAUGGUACCUGGUGAAGUGGGUUGGAUAUCCUUCUACAGACAACACAUGGGAGCCCAAGAAAAACCUAGGAAACAGCAAAAAACUUCUGAAGAAGUUCCAUAAAAAUUAUCAUAAAGCAUGUCUUACUCGCACAGAAAUACUCAAGCAGAAGAGACAACUAGCGAGGAGUUUGAAACAGCUUGCUCAGAAGAAGAGGUCUGAAAAGUGGAAGGAGUCUGAGUCCAAGUUACUAACCGAUGUCCUCAAAUCUCUUGUCAAGAAAGAACUUAAAUCAUGGGAGCAAGAGCUCAACUCAAAAUGUCAGAAUGAAGCACCCAUCACUGUUGUUAACAACGUAGACCUGGAGGGACCUCCUCAGGACUUUGUCUACAUCAAUGAUUACAUAGCAGGCACAGGUGUUGACAUACCCACUGAUCCUCCAGUUGGCUGUGAGUGCGAAAAUUGCUCUCCUGAAGCUGAGAGUAGGUGCUGUCCACAGAAUGGUGGAGUCAAAUUUGCCUACAGCAAAAAUAAACUUGUAAAGGCAAAACCAGGAACUCCAAUCUAUGAGUGCAAUACAAGGUGUAAGUGUGGAGAGCAGUGUCCCAACAGGGUUGUUCAAUUGGGCAGGAAACACAAGCUAGUAAUCUUCAGAACAGACAAUGGCAGAGGCUGGGGUGUGAAGACUCUCGUAGACAUCAAGAAGAAUUCAUUUGUCAUGGAAUAUGUUGGAGAGGUAAUUACAAGUGAAGAAGCAGAGCGAAGAGGGAAAAUCUAUGAUGCAAAUGGUAGAACAUAUCUAUUUGAUCUGGACUACAAUGAUGAUGAUUGCCCAUUCACGGUUGAUGCUGGUCACUAUGGCAACAUAUCUCAUUUUGUCAACCAUUCUUGUGAGCCAAAUCUUGUUGUCUAUGGUGUGUGGGUUAAUUGCCUUGAUCCAAGACUACCUCGCAUUGCUCUUUUUGCCUGUAGUGAUAUCAAAGCCGGCGAGGAAAUCACCUUUGAUUAUCAGAUGACAGGUUCAGUAAACGAAGAAGGAGCCAACGAAUUAGCUCAAGUUGAAUGCAGAUGUGGGUCCACAAACUGCAGGGGCUUUCUAUUUGAAUGAUGCAAGCUUCUAGCAUAGUUAUACUGUACAUUUUGAGUGAUAUAAUAUACAUAUAAGGUGCUUUAAAGAGAUUCUUUACAUGGUUUUCAAAUGCAUAAUUCUGUUCUGCUGUGCUGUAAAUUUCUUGUUAAUUUAUGUCAUCAAUUUUCAAAUAUUAUGUCUUGCAAAUUGAAAUUGAUGAACUACAUUCAUUCCAUGAUUCAUUUUGGUUCAGUAUGUACUAUUGCAUUUCAUUCACUUCAUGUUUGAAUUUUAUUUUAUUUAUUUCGUGUUAUUAUUUUUUUUUUGGGGGGGUGGUUGGUUGAAAUCUGUGGAAAUUUCAAACCUAAUCAGAUUGUGAUUUGUUUAUACAAUUAGUAAAUGUUUUUUUAUUGUCUCGCCUGCAGAGGUGCUGCUUUUCCAACGGUGGUGGCAGUGUCACCAUUGUCAUCAUUGAAAUCUAAUCCAAUAUUAAGUUUUUGAAAUGUCAUAACUUUGGUAUGGGUGUAAAUUUCACUGAUCAUUUUCAAGAAUUUCAGGUAACAUGAUCAAGGUCAAAGGUAAUUUAGGGUUAAUGAGCAUAUUUUGUUAUCAUACGAAUGGUGUUUUGUGAAUAUUUUUUUUCGAUUCAGCAUUGCUGCUAUAUUGAAUCAUGUAAUGCAGGCAAGACUGCCAAGUUACAAGAAGAAUUUACAGUCAUUUCUUCACAUCAGAAACACAGAUUCAUCAAAUUUCAAAAUCAAAUUCCAAUUAGUUUUUGUCAUAUGGAUAAAGCAUCAUAUACAUAUCUGAAUGAAAAAAAAUUAUGAAUAAAGUUUUAUAUAUAUGAUCCAUCUGAAACCACCGAUACCCCUAAUGCACCCGAACUGAGGAAACGGUAAAAAAAGUCAUAUCAGUCGAUUCUAUCUCAAAUUGGAUUGUAAUGUGCCUCUAUGUUACAUGUAUGUUUUGAGCCAUUUAAAAAUGAAUCCUCAACUUCAACAAGCAUUCUCACAGUCACCGAUGGCUUUAGUUAUGCCUUAGGAAAUCAAGAAUUAUUGAAGAUAUUGAACGGAUUUAAGAGACAAUAAAAAUGACCCUAACUUGGGUACAAACUCUGAGCUCAAUCAGAUAUCCCCUCAUAUCAUUUGCUAUGGAAUCGAAUCAUUCAAAUGAAAUAAUUUUGUUGUAAGGUUAACUGAAGGGCUCAGGAGAUACAAAAUAUUAAUAGGAUAUUUAGUUCUUAAUUUUUGUGUUUGAGGUGAAAUAAUAAAAAAGGGUAAAUAAGGGAAACAGUUACCAUUGUUUUUCAUUUAUUUCUCUGCAAUUGCAAAUCAUAUCAAACAGAAAUAAAGAAAGAGCCAGAACUAAUACGCAGGUAAUUUGCAUUUUAGGGACAGAUGAACAGUGAUUUGGGUUCAUUCAAUAUGCUGUCUACAAACCAACAAACUUAGAAAAUCACUACUAAGUAUAUUGAAUUGCUAGCAUAUAUAUCAUUUUAUCUUUACACAAUAUGACUUUUUUUUUCUAGGAAAUGAAUAGGGUCAUGUAUUUUUAACUUGCACACAGAAAGGUGGUUUUAAUUUAAUUCUAUUAUGUAAUUGGUGCCAUUUGAGAGCUGAAUAUGUAGUCUAUCUUACCUGUAAAUAGUGCAUUUACAUUUGAAUGCAUUAACAACUGAAUUUGUGACAUUGCAAUUGAUAGAAUGAAAACUUACAAAUCUAACUUGACAUUAACUUCUACAUUGAAAAUUCCUUGAUAAAAUUAAUAAACCCUUAUGAGUUAUAUGUGUAUCAUCUGAAAGGGAGUCUAAUAAGCAAUACAAGAAUAUUAAAAAUUCUAUGG